GGUCGCUCUUGCCCAUAGAAAGUGAAUGACUUCCGGCGAUUUGGUCGCUCAAUUCGCUUCUGGUGUGGACGGACAGUAAGGGAGGCUGUCAUCUUCAACAGCGUAGGAUCGGUACCUAUGUGGCUUUCACUCAGCAAUUUCUACACUGCAUUUACUUCAGACAUUGGGAGAGUCAGCCCAUGGUUUGAAAUACCCCCAUCGGCAACCUGCAACUUUCAGCUGCUACCUACUUCACAGGGUCCUCCUUCAUCCAACUACAAAAGGCCAUGCAACUCCAGAUAUUUCAGUAUGACACCUUCAGGAGGCAUGCAAGGAAUUACAUGGAACCGGCUAUUGUUCAAAGUGGAGGAUGGAUCAGCAGCAUCAUUUCCAGCAACAGUUGCUCCUUGGUGGGUCAGUUGCAGUGGGAGGAGAUAUGAGGGCAGAUUCUCCAGGGCACUCAGCUAAGUUUGGCAGCUACUCAUUAAUGAAUCUGGAGAACAAGACCAUUAUGGACAUUCAACUUGUUCAGAGCAAUGAAGUAGGCGGCAGUUACCACAUGGAGAAGGAGGGACUCAAAAGAUGCCUAGAUCAUCUGGAGGCAAACGGAUUUAAGGUGGAUUACAUUGUUACAGACCGCCAUCCACAGAUCCAGAAAUAUCUGAGGGAACGGAACAUCACGCAGUUCUAUGACGUCUGGCACUUUGAGAAAGGUUUGUCUAAGAAACUGGAGAAAGCAUCGCACAAAGAAGACAUUCUUAAGAAAUGGCUACAGAGCUUCAAGAACCAUGUGUACUGGUGCGCUACGUCAUCAACCACUGGACCGGAAAAAGUGGCAAAGUGGACAUCAGUGCUAAAUCACUUGCAAAAUGUUCAUGAUCAUGAAGACCCCCUUUUCCCCAAAUGUCUGCAUCCUGAACGAGCGUCGAGGGACCCCAACAAAUGGCUACAACCUGGGUCAGUUGCACUUCACAAAGCUGAGAAACUACUGCUUAACAAACGAGUCCUGAAGGAUGUAGCAAAACUCAGCCAUCCUCACCAGAGGUCAUCGCUGGAGUCAUUCCACAGUCUGCGUUUUGCUCCAAAGAAUGUGGUUUUUCCCUUCAUGGGAAUGUUAUGCAGGUUGUGUCUAGCAUCAAUGCACCACAACGAAAAUGCCUCACGGGAGCAAGCUACGACUUCUGCAGGGCAGGCUGUUUAUAAAGUUGUCUAUCCAAAGGUGAAGAUGGGGGAAGGUGCUGUGAAGCCCGUGAAAACAGAUCCAACAUUCAACUAUGUACAUGACCUCAUGAGGCUGCUCAUGGAGGUUUUUGAGGACCCAACAUCCUUUGACGAGGAAAUUAAGACUAUCCCCAUCCCUCCAGACCUUUCAGCAGAAAAUAAACGCACUCCGAAGGCUGAGCUGGUUGCCCGUCACGUCUCCCGCUUCAAUCUAGAGGUGGUCUGAAGCCUACGUAGUCACCAGAUGGGAACUGCUGCCGUAUCCGCUGCACCACACAUGACGGGAGGACGACCCGACAACUAUGUCCUAAAUAUCCCCAGCACCAGCUUACAAAGCUGCAAUAGGCAAGAUGCCUGAAACGCCUAAGGGAAAAAGAGCAGAACUUUCAGACCACCUGUUUUCAACAAUUACCACUUAUAGGCUGGGCCUACACUGGGCCUUAAUGUGCACCCCCCACCUCGCAACGAAACAACUAUUUUUGAAUGGUCUGACCAUGCUGAACAUAAAAAAAUAGUUGGCUUCGUUGGGAGGUGGGGGUGCACAGUAAGACCCCGUUGCUCGUGGCCUAAUAGUUUUAUUCAGUUUUUCUUCUAAUGGUAAAUUGAUUCACAUAAUAUUAAUAGUAUAAUAUUGCUUUGGUUUUGUUGAGUAGGAGCUUACAGACAAAAUUACUUGCUCUUCAUCUGUUGUGUGCCUCACAGGUCCAUAAUCAUACUUGUAAAUAUUGUAAAUAUUUUGUAGACUGUAUAUGUUUAGACACACAGGCUCCAGGCCUGGAUGUUGUGUCAUACAGGUAAUGGAUUCUGGCACUUGGCUCAUUCGUCGUAGUACCUAAUAAAUACAAUAAGACAAAAUAACUUCUGUGUAAAGUGACCUUGACCUCACAGAGUACAACAUGACUGCAUAGGACAAUACAGAUUCAGGAAGCAACAUCUGUUUUCAUACUUUUAUUGAAAAAAUAUGUAAAUCACUGAUUAGUAAUGCAUAACAAUGAUUGUACAGUAUAUAUACAGUAAAUAGAUGGCUGAGACAACAGUGAACAGGUGAGAUUUCUCGUAACUGGUAUUGCUGAAGCAACAUCUAUUCGAGUAGGAUUGUUAUUUACAAAAAAUUGUAUCAAUGACUUCACGUAACAAACAUGGUACAGUUGGCUGGUACUACAGCAAACGGGUGAGAACGGUGAGAUUACUCGUUUUCCAUUAAGUGUACUGGUAUUACUGUUGCUACUAUAAAUGGUAGAGAUGAUCUAAACAUGCAACAUAUUUUACUAGAAGUUAAUAAGGUUUUGUGGUGAUAGUGGUAGGUUCUUCGUCUUCUGACGAGGAGCUAUAUAUGUAUCAUCGCCGAAGAUGAUAGAUAUAAAAUUUUAUUUAUUAGAUUUAUUUAUUUAUUUAUUAUUUAUAUUUUAAAAUUUUGGUUUUAACGUUCAGAGCUUUGCAUG